AGGUGUUUGGUGUUUCGUUUGUAAACAUAUUAACCUAACCUAACCUAACCUGUUCAUUUUAGUUAUUUCGUUUUCACCUAACAAUUCUUCAUGAUAUUGCGUAUUGUCAUUGAUAUGAACUUAUACAUUCACUCAUUUAGUAUAAUUUAAAAUAUCUAUGAUAGCUUAUGCAACACUCAGGUCGACUAAUCAAAGAUGAGCGUUAGAUUUAGAAGUUUCAGUGACGGAGGGUUAGGUGAACCUGAACAGGAUGCCAAUUCAGCGUUAACUGAACUCGAUAAAGGAUUGAGGUCGGGACGUGUUGGAGAGCAAUGUGAAGCUAUUGUAAGAUUUCCACCACUCUUUGAAAAAUACCCUUUUCCAAUUCUGAUUAAUUCAUCUUUCCUGAAAUUAGCAGAUGUUUUUAGAGUGGGGAACAACUUUUUGAGGCUUUGGGUUCUUCGAGUUUGUCAGCAGAGUGAAAAACAUUUGGACAAAAUAUUGAAUGUUGAUGAGUUUGUUCGCAGAGUAUUCAGUGUGAUUCAUUCCAAUGAUCCUGUGGCUCGAGCGUUGACACUGCGCACUCUAGGCAGUGUGGCAGGCAUCAUCCCGGAGAGACAGCAGGUACACCACAGUAUUCGAAGAAGUUUGGAUUCACAUGAUACUGUGGAGGUGGAGGCUGCUGUCUACGCAGCUAUGCAGUUUGCCGCACAAUCCAAAUCAUUUGCAGUAAGUAUGUGCAACAAGAUCUCGCACAUGAUUCAAGGACUGGCGACACCUGCACACAUGAAGCUGCAGCUGAUUCCUAUACUGCAGCACAUGCACCAUGACACUUCUACUGCGGCCAUGGUGCGACAACUGUGCACUGACCUACUCCCCAAAUAUCCUGCCCAAGACUUUGUACUGGUUACUCUUCGCACUCUUACGCAGCUGGCCUCAGCUACUCUUGUUGAGAUACCAAAUCAAGUGGAGUUAUUGUUAGACUACCUGGUGAAUGAUCCAAGGCGAGAAGUGCAGUGUUGUGUGCUGCAAUGUCUGUACUUGCUAGCCAAACAUGGGGCCUACCUGUGGCCUGACACCAGUGUGGCCAGUCUUGUUAACGUGGCCCGAGGACCACACCCCUCUCUGGUCAUUUGUGCUCUUGAUGUCUUGAUUGUUCUCACUCGUUCAGCAGCUAUUUGCAAUGCCCAUGCUCGCUCAGUGAAGCAAAUAUUCUUUGUUCAGACUGAACCAGGCAGUAUGAAGUCUGUAACACGGCUACCCACCUCCAACAAAUAUACCCAUAGGUCAUCAGAGUACAGAUUGCUCCACAGUAGAAGAGUGACUAAAGUUUACUCGAUUGUGCACCUGAUGGGGCUGCAAAGCACUCCAUCCCAGUCGCUGGUGUUUCAAGCAGAGUACAUGAGGCUGCGCUGUGAGAUGCUGCAGUGCCUCGCUCAGCUGGUGGCCACUUGUAAGAGUUUCUGCACAGCCCCACCUCCAGCUAUUGCAGCCACCAUCGUCCAGACCACUCGAGAUGACUUGCAGAAAUUCGGCAACAUCACAAACCGAUUGCGGAAAUGCAUCAAAGAAUUUCAGACCUGUGGAGAACUGUAUUGGAAACUGUACCAGUCAGUAUUUGAUGCAGAUCCGAGCUCACUGAACAACAUUCAGAUACUGCAACACAUGUGUGCUCUGAUGGCUUAUAAUAUAGAGUGUGUAGCUAUCACCAACUAUCAGGGAGAUGAGCCUGCUCUUGACUCCAGUUUGCAGAGGAGUUGUCUGGAGACCCAACUGAUGGUGCAGUGUUGUCAACGUGCUAGUGCCAUGGCUCACUCUGUUGAUAAAUCCAUCAAGCCAAUCACUCAUUUGCACCUGGAAGGUUUGAUGAAACAAGUAGAAAUGAUAUUGGAAGGUUCAUUCUGUCUCCCAAGAUAUUUCUUUCAAGUACUACAGUCUACAAGUGUCAAGCUGGCUAUCACACCUCAGCCUCGGGUAAACGGAGAGUAUCUGAGUGUUCCAAGUGGGUCCCAGUUGUCUGUCAAGGUGGAGGGUGUGAUACAGCACGGCUCCCAGCCUGACAGAUUCCGCUCAGUCAGCGGUGUUGUGCUUACUCUCAGUUCACAGCUCACUUCUCGUCUCACAAUAGAAAACAAGAGUAUUCCGAUGAAGCCUGGAGAUGGUCAAGUAGUGCUACAGCAGAGUGUAACACCUCACAGAGAUUUCUUCACUGGCCAGUUCUUGCUGGCACUGGGAGGCGGAGGGCAGCACCAGGUCACUGUGGAAGCGGCUGUACAGGACAACUCUGGCAAUGUCUGGACCACUGGUCCUCGUUCCACUCUCACAGUCAAAACUCUUGAAGAUUCCUCCACUAGCAGAGCACGCACUUCUUUUUAAACUAAACAUUAACGUGUUUCUAUUUAAUAAAGUUUAUAAUUUUAUUUAAA